CCUCGGGUUGCGGUGCUGGGAGGCGCGCACCGAGGGUCCUGCUGCAGCACGUGUCCUGCGCGAUCGCGCGCCCCGAAGUGGCCAUCGCGGGUGCGGCAGAGCAAUAAAGAACACUCUUUUAUGCAAACCAAGCUCCUUUGAAAUGACCUAAUUGUCCUCCUCACCCUCGAGCUGGACAUCCCCACCAUAUGACCGAACUGUAAAGCCCUUGGAAUGCUCCAUGACAGAAAGACGGCGCAGACCUGCACGCCAUCUCGUCAUCUUGACUCAGCAACCGGGUGAAAGGCAGGGAUUCUGAGACUGCAUCUUCUGGGCCAUCACCGCUGCCGGCUUAGUCCUUCCCUGAACCCCACCAUGGCAUCAGCGUUGAAGGUCAAAGAUCCCACAGUUUCUGAGAGAGCAGUUGUAGUCUCUGGACUUCCAGUUGGCCUUUUAAAGGACCAGUUAGUGAAGCGCUACUUCCCAGACGAGGGUGGACAGGUGGAAGAAGUGAUAUAUCCCUCACGUUCCAAAGGAGUGGCGUAUAUCAUCUUCAAGGAAAAGAAAGUUGCACAGGAUGUCAUCAGACAGAAGAAACACCCUCCAGUCUCAGAGCCUCUGCUCACAGUCUCUCGCUUCAGUGAAAAGGUCUUCAAUCACGUGAUGGCCAUUCUUGAUUUGUCUGUUUUUCGCACUCAAAUUGUGCUAGAAAACCUAGUAAUGGACCUGAAAAAGAAAAUCCCAGCCUUAAACUUUAGCCCACUGGGACCCAGUGGGAAAAUCUCUGUGCAAGGUUCAUAUCUGGCCAUCCUGAAGCUCAAACAGACUUUGAUAUCCAAAGCCACUUCCCCUUUAGAAAACAACAGGAAAUAUGCUGGUGAAAGGAGAAGCCGGAAUGGACAGGACCCUAGAAGGAUCCUGCCGAAAAGCAAGAACUCUGCGUCGAUACUCGGGACCUCUGUUCCUGAGCCUGCCAGCAGCCCAGAAACACUUGUGCUUGAUACAGAUAUUUUCCUUUACCUGAAACACAAGUGUGAGUUUUAUCAUCUAACACUGAGCAAAUACCAUGUUCUGUGCCAGGAGAGGGUGGAUGGUGACCUCACUACCAUUUGUCUACGAGACACCGGGGAUGGGUCGGGUCCUGGCAGCGUCAGACACGUGAAAGAGUUCAUUGAAGAAUGUGUCCAGGAAUUCCACCUGGAGCUCAGAAAAGAGUUACUGGUUUUGGAAGGAAGGGGCAAUACAGAGAGAAGAAACAUCAGACAGGCUGCUGAAGAACUGUGUGGCAGGUAUCCUAGAGUUUUGAUGAAAGUUCACAGCACUCACAUUGACCUUAUAGGACCCCCUUCUGACACGUACCUAUUUAAGACACAGCUCAAGAAAUCUGCAGGGCAAAAGGUCACUUGAAGUCUCAGCCAUAGUUAUCAUGGUCACUCCUCCUGCCCCUCCCCCACCCAGGGUGUAGGAGAAGAUAAGAUUUAAGGAUAUGAAACUAGUUAUCCAAAGUUACCCAGCAGACAACACACGGGACUAGCAUUGAAUAAAAAGUAAUAUCUAAAGCAAUCCUUGAAAAAGAACUCACUAGAUGUUGAAGAAAUCUCACUAUCCCUCCAGAUAAAAAAUUAUUAGGAAAAGAAGUCUUCCCCUGCAUAGGUUUGCAUGGCUAUUAUGCUGUUGCUAAGCUCUCAGGGUUUGUAUUUACCCCACAUAGCAUUAGAAUGUUGGCCAAACUCACUUGGGAAGUUGUGGUUCUGUUAGAAUUGUGGGGGAGUCUUGGAAGGAGUCUGCGAUGGCUUCUGUGGGUGGUUCUUGCUUUACGAUCGUGUGACGUCUAGAUGAGCAUUGUAAGUUCAAAACAUUGUGAGUCAGAAAUACCUUUUGAAAGGACUUUCAGCACCAAUAAUCCAAGUUAUUUGCGGAGCAUCCUGUAUUUGCCAGACUGUCUACGGUGAAGAAAUGGCUGCUUAUCCUGGUUGCUGUGUUGAAGGACAGUUCAGGCUCAGUGCUGCUACUUUGCAGUGUUAGAGGGCAUUGCACAGUGGGGUCAGCACUAGCCUGGAAAAGACUCAAGGUCUGAAGUGCAAUUUCUACAGACUCUUUAUUCCUUUUGUACCAUAAUAAAGUAAAACUUACAGAAAAUUA